AUGCGGCGGAGAAAUCAGAGUGCCAGCGUGUAUCUCUUGUGUUUGAUCGAGGGCCACGCAACUGCCCAGUGCCAUGAUCACUGCCCCGCUUGCCAAAAUGAUGUUCGUUCAACUGCAAGACGAGGGAGCAUUCUUCCACCUGCUCCACAUUCGCCACCUCCACUUUCUCCGCCUUGGGAGCAGAUUGCAGAGAACACAGGUGGACUCACAGCAUACGGGCGAGCCAAGCGGUGCUCCUGCUGGCGAUGCUGGUGGUCCCAGGCCUUCCUCAGGGGCCGCUUCCUCGUGACGGGGGAGGACACGGAGGCGGAGGUCAUGGAGGAGGAGGUCACGGUGGAGGAGGAGGUCAGGAGGAGGACAUGGGGUGGAGGUUAUGGCGGGGGAGGGGGAGGGUACCAUGUCCCAGCCCCCACCUGUCAUCCCCAGACCAUCACUAAAUACAGGACUGUUUAUAAAGACCGCAAGGCACAAGUGGUCAAUAAUGUGGAGGUGCGGAACCCGAAGCCGGACGUGAAGAAGGUGGUGGAGACGCGCUACACGACCAUCCGGUACCCGGUGUUCAUCACGCAGGUGAUCAAGCCGCUCCUGACGCAGGUGGAGACGAAGGUGCGCCCCAUGUUCUUCACCAAGACCAUCGACCGCUACACGACCGUCAAGUUCACCGUGACGGGCAUCGGCCAGGUCACCGUCACGACCGUCAAGUACGAGAAGGAGUACGUGACGCGGUGCAUGAAGGGCUACGGCCACCGGCGGGAGGCGUCGGACGGGGCCGAGGUGGGCGUGGGCGACGUCGCGCUCGAGGCCGACGCGCCCCUCGCGCCCGCCUACCGCACGCGCGCGCCCGAGCCGCCGCCGGGCCUCCCCUACGACUACGAGGACGACGACGAGGAGAUCGAGCCGUCGCCGCCCACGCCCGAGCGGGACGCGUCGCCCCCCGAGCGCCCCUUCCUGCGGCCCAUCACCCACGGGGGCUUCAGGGGUCCCCGCCCCCGCUCCCGCCGCCCUCCCCCCGUCGGACCCCGCCCGGGCCCAGGGGGAUCCUGGGCGCCCUCUCGCAGCUGGGGGGCGUGCUGACCGGGUCCUACCGCGACGCCGGCGAGGACCCCUACCAGCCGCACCCGCCCCUGCCCCCCGUGGCCUUCCGGGGCUGAGGGC